AUGAAAGGCUUACAUUACACCGUUUUGCAACAACCGGCGGCGGCGGCGGCGGCGGCGGGAGUAACAGCCGGCGUGGCGGCGGCCAGCCGCGUGUCGCCCGCCGAGCCCGCGCCGGAGCCCGCGCCGACGCACGCGCCGCACGACGCCUACCACCAUCACCAGCAGCAGUACCCAAGCAGCAUGGAGGCGAGCGCGCAGCCGAUGGGCAUGUCGGGCAGCCUGUCCGCCGCGCAGUCGCAGUACCUGUCCCAGCUCACGCAGCAGUCGCAGCGCCGCGACAACAGCGUGUACACAGCGCCUUACGGUGUGUACGGCGGAGACAUGGCGGCGCAGCGCAAACCGCAGCGGGCGAGAGUGCCUCCGCCGUCGAAGAUCCCGAUGUCGGCGGUGGAAAUGCCGGGCGGCGGCGAGGGCGGCGCGGCGCUGUUCCUCGACGUGCAGUUCGGCGCGCUCGAUCCAGACGCGCUCGACACGCAGCAAGUGACGUCACAAGCGGAAACUCAGCCGGUGUCAAGUAGUCACGAAACAACAACGGAAGCGCCUACUACUACUAAUUAUCCUAAUUCUAAUAGUAUGCAACAGUUAAGCGAGACGCUCUCGUCGGUGGUGGAAUCAGCGCCAACGACGCAAGCGCCCGUCACGACAGAAUCUCCAGUCACCAACGCCACCUCAUCGGUGGAGAAGCAGUUAAGCGCGUCGAUGAAGCAGUUGUCAGUGUCAGCAGCGGACGCAGUUGCAACAACGGCCGCGCCGCAGCAGCACCUAAGCUCACACCAUAGGCCCAAGCAGACGGGCGCGCAAAAUGUGUACGCACAGCACGCCGUCAGUCAUCAUCCGCCUGUAUACGGAGCCAACGUCUACGCGCCGCAGGUGAACUCAACGAACGCGUCGCUAACGGGCGCGAGCGCAGCCAUGACCGCCGCGUAUCCGUCCAGCGUCACGCUCACGCAGUACCAGCCCAUGAUCAACUCCUACCAGCAAACGUCAUCGUCAGCGGCAGGCUACGGCGGCAGCGCGCUAUACACGGCGGCGCCGUACUACGCGCCCGCUGCGCACGCGCCACACACGCCGCCUACGAAGCACUCGCACGCGCCGCACGCACAGUACGACAGUUCGGUGACGCCUAGCAGUAGCCUAACGAGCACGUCCACGACACAAACCUCCACAGCCAAAGUAGCCACAACCACCACAUCGAACAUCGCAGGCGCGGGCUACGCGGCAGCAGCGCUAUACGGCGCGGCCGGAGUGGGCGGAGUCGGCGGCGUGGGCGGAGUCAGCGGCGUGGGCGGGGUCGGCGGAGUGGGCGGGGCCACGGGCGCCUACGCUGCCUACGACGAGCAGCUCAUGCGGAGUACUAGCACGUUACCACACCAUAUGGGAGGUUACUAUGAGGUUGGCUACGGCAGUCGCGAGGGCACAUUCGGCUUGGGCGCAGGAGAACGAUUCGGACGCACAGACGCUGCCUCACCGCAACAGGUUCCUGCCGCGUUACCGCCCGGCUACGCUUACUUCUACCAGCCUCCACCCACCACGUACCAGUAUGGAGUCUACCCCACGUACGGCGGCGGCUCGAGCGUUACAGGCGUGGGCGGCGUGACGGGCGUAGGCGGCGUGGGCGGAGCAGCCGGGAAAGUGUCCACCUACACGCAGCAGCAGCCGCCCUACGACGCGCAGGACUCGUACAAACCUGGCGGCCCGUACUCGGGCGGCGGCAGCAAGGCGGGCGGCGGCGCGGCCGAGCUUACCAACGCCAUGUACAAGACGCACGUCGCGCUCAACAAGGUCAACAGCUACGACAAGGCGGCGUUCCACAGCGGCACUCCGCCGCCAUUCGGCGCCGGCUCGCACCUCUACAUCCCGGCGCCGCCGCACCAUCCGCACCACCACCACCACAACGCGCACUCGCAGCACCAGGUGAGCGCACCACCCUCCACAACAUGUACACACCACACGCUCCACAGCGGCUCGCACCUCUACAUCCCGGCGCCGCCGCACCAUCCGCACCACCACCACCACAACGCGCACUCGCAGCACCAGGUGAGCGCACCACCCUCCACAACAUGUACACACCACACGCUCCACAGCGGCUCGCACCUCUACAUCCCGGCGCCGCCGCACCAUCCGCACCACCACCACCACAACGCGCACUCGCAGCACCAGGUGAGCGCACCACCCUCCACAACAUGUACACACCACACGCUCCACAGCGGCUCGCACCUCUACAUCCCGGCGCCGCCGCACCAUCCGCACCACCACCACCACAACGCGCACUCGCAGCACCAGGUGAGCGCACCACCCUCCACAACAUGUACACACCACACGCUCCACAGCGGCUCGCACCUCUACAUCCCGGCGCCGCCGCACCAUCCGCACCACCACCACCACAACGCGCACUCGCAGCACCAGAUGGAUGCCAGGGUGAACAGUAGUCAUAAUAGGCGGGAGAGCGGAGCGGGCGGUGGCCGCGCGGCCGCGUCCAAGCAGCCGUCGAGCAAGCCCACCUACUCGCAGUCCUACUGGACGCCCAACUAGGCGCCGCACAGGUACUAAACUUCACAUGUACAUAGAUAAUGGCGCUCGCGCCCCCUCAAGAGAGCAGUCAAUUGUCGGCGCCGCCGACUCACGCCACUGUAUUAUAACAGAGGAACGAAACUAUGUUGAUAACUUUACUUUACUAUUCCUUUAAAUUUACCGUGCACCGGCGCCGAGCGGACGCCUUCGGACGCCGGACGACGCGGCCGGACGCGCCCGGACGCCGGACACUCGAGGCCAGCCCUCGAAAGACUCGCCGUAGGUUACGAUUGUUUAAAAAAUUAACUGUAGUGCUAUGUAUAUCUUAUCUUUAUAUAUAAUAUGUAUAUGUAUGUAAGCGUUUGGUACGCUAUGCGCGCCGAAUUGUUUUGUAUUUAGUUGUCAAACUUUUUGUAAUUACAUUAUUAUUAUUAUUAAAAUGUCAAAUAGUUGAUAAUAUAAUCGUAUUAAACGGUACCGUAAUAAUAGUCGAGCUCUUUUUUAUGUGAAAGAAUGCUGUUGUGAUGAUCUCGCGGGCAUUUGAAAGUAUGAGGGAAUUACACGUAUUGGAACUUGC